GUAAAACCUUUAAUGCUGAAGUGGGAGGCAAGAUAUUGCAAGCUGACAAGGCGGAGUGCUGUUCCUAUGAUCUUGCGAUGGCUGUUGCAGGGAUAUGUGAUUGCCUAGACAAAAAAGUGCCUCUUUCUUUUUUGCUAUUACUAUUAUUUUGUGGCCUUGCUCUCGGACAAAUAAGAUAUUCCGUGCCAGAGGAAUCGGAAAGUGGAACGAUUGUAGGUGAUAUUGCACAGGAUUUGGGUUUGGAUGUUCGAAAGAUCUCCACCCGAAAGAUUAAGGUAACCUCUGACAGCGGCAAAAGGUACGUGGACCAUAAGAAUGGAAAAUUAUUGGUAAACGAGAGAAUUGACAGAGAGACAUUGUGUGAUACAAGCGCCGCGUGUGUUUUGAAUCUAGAGGUUCUUCUUGAGGACCCAAAUGAAGACCAUAAUGUCGAUGUGGAGAUAAUAGACGUGAAUGAUAAUACGCCGCAGUUCCCCAGAGACGAGUAUCAAUUGGAGAUCACAGAGUCGGCUUUGCCGGGCUCUCGUUUUCCGAUCGAGCACGCGCAAGAUCCGGACAUCGGUACCAAUUCGGUUCGAUUGUACCGGCUCAGCCCAAACGAGCAUUUCGCUCUCGAUUCCAACAAGCCUUCGUUGAAUACUAAGCAUAUCGAGCUCGUUCUCAAAAAGCCCUUGGAUCGCGAGCUCGCCCCUUACCAUCAGUUAAUCCUGACAGCGACAGACGGUGGCACACCAGCACGAACAGGUACAGCUAAAAUUAACGUUCGCGUCUUGGAUUCGAAUGACAACAACCCCGUUUUUGACAGCUCAGUAUAUAAAGUCAAAUUGCUUGAAAAUUCGCCCAAAGACACUUUGGUUAUCAAACUGAAAGCCACAGACCAAGAUGAAGGAACAAACGGGGAGGUGCUUUAUUCAUUCAGCAGUUACACCCCAGACAGGGUCAGGCAGAUGUUCAGUAUGGACACCAACACUGGAGAAAUCAGAGUCAAGAGCAAUGUGGACUACGAGGACACUAAUUCGCGACAACAAUCACGGGAUCCCGGUCACCUCCUAUGUGUCAAUUAA